AUGUCUCGAUACGACGACUAUCACCACUCGUCUGGUGCGUUGGAGGCGGACCUGGACCGCUGGGACGCCGACCGUUUUUCGCGUGAACGGCGCGAGCGCCAUCGUUCUCGCGGUCCGCCCGUGCUCGACCGACCCCGCCGAGUGGACGAGGAGCGGUUCGAAUAUCGUCUGCAAGAAACCGAUCGAUAUGGUCCUCCUGCCCGCCGGCCGGACAGGCACUAUGAAGAUGACCAUCUUAUUCAUCCCUCGGGACCGCUCGUUGCCUAUGACCGUUCGCGCGGAGUGAGUCCCCCGCCGCGCCCUCGUCUUCUACGACGCCAGUCUUCCCUUGACACCUUCGAUCGCAUCCCUUCGCGCAAGUUGGACGAAUACUAUUACCGAGCACCACCUAGCCCGCCGCCUUUGCGGUCGCGGUCCGGGGCCGCCCGACGUUCUCGCGAACAAGAUUACUAUGAAGAGAUUCGAAUUGCAGAACCGGAGUACUAUGGCGAUGAAGAGUACCGGGGUUUCCGUGAGCGGGAUCGCUUCACGGACCGCCCGCGACGUUCGAGUAGCCAGUUCCCUCGUCGGGUAGUUGAGGAGGUCAAGAUUGAAAAGCCAUAUCCUCGAAAGGGCAAAACUCGGAUGCCGCGAAGACUAGUCCAUACCGCUGCGAUUCGGGAAUUUGGGUAUCCGUUUGAGGAAGAGGGUGAUAUGGUCAUUAUCCAGGUCGCACUCUCCAAGGAGCAAAUUGACAAUGUCAUCAGCCGUAGUCGCGAGAUGAAGCACCGGACAGAAGUUCGUAUAAUAAAAGAUUCGUCUUCCCCUGCUCGAGCGCGACCGCGAGAAAGAAUUGUCGAGCGACUUGCCAUGGAAUCCUAUACUCCUAGUAACGGCCGCACUACGCUGCUCAUUGAGCCGGCCUCCUCUCGGCACCGAUCACAAUCACGCCAUUACGAUCUCUCGGAGAAGCGAUUGACUCGCACUGUCUCUCGCGCUCGAUCAAUCUCGGUGCAUGGUCGCCGCCGCCGGCGGUCGUCACCCGUGCGCAUGAUCGAGCGCCACGACGAUCGUAUCGUAUCCGAUAACGUCCGUGCAGGACCACUUGCGAUUAUCCGCCCACGAAGCAGCGACGAUGACCUCCAAGAAUACAUGCAGCUGGACCGCCGGGGACGAAGCGAAGUGAUCCGGGACACGCAGAUUAUCAAUGGCGAUGGUGAUCAAGAGGAGAUCACCGAAGUCAAGAGGGAGCGCAAAGGACCCAACCCUCGGAUUGUUCGGGCCAUGAUGGCCACCUUGACCUAG